UACCCUAUUUUUUCUACACCGGGCGGAGCGAAACAUUUGACAUGUUGGUUUACUUCUUUCAUUGCAAAUAUUCACCGCGUUCUCUCAUAUUUACUAAAUUUUGAUUUGAUUGUUUUCUAAAUUACAGUGUAAUUGUGCGUCGAAAUGAAGACAGCCUUGAUGGUUGCGGAGAAGCCUUCGUUGGCAGCUUCUUUGGCUAAAAUAUUAAGCAACGGCAAACAUACUACGAGGAAAGGUUCCAACAACGCCUGUUCCAUCCACGAGUGGAAGGGAACGUUCAAAAAUGAGGCCACCACAUUUAAGAUGACCUCCGUUUGUGGCCACGUUAUGUCAUUGGAUUUCAUUGGAAAGUACAAUUCAUGGGACAAAGUAGAUCCGGCUGAAUUAUUUACUUGUCCCACCGAAAAGAAGGAGGCGACGGAAAAGUUACGCAUGCCAUCAUUUCUAAGCCAAGAAGCGAAAGGGUGCACCUAUCUGAUCUUAUGGCUGGAUUGCGACAAAGAAGGCGAAAAUAUUUGCUUCGAGGUCAUGGACGCCGUGUCGAAGUCGAUGCGGAACGUGUACUCCGAUCAGGUGACGUUUCGAGCCAAAUUCUCUGCCAUCACCGACAAAGACAUAAAAUUUGCAAUGGAACAUCUAAUUCGACCAAACGAGAACGAAGCUAAAUCGGUAGACGCUCGGCAAGAGAUCGAUCUACGAAUUGGUUGUGCAUUCACUCGCUUCCAAACGAAGUUCUUUCAAGGACACUACGGUGAUUUAGAUGCUUCGCUUAUAUCGUACGGUCCUUGCCAGACUCCAACGCUUGGAUUCUGUGUACAGAGACAAGAUGAAAUCACGAAUUUCGUCCCUGAAACGUACUGGUUUGUUCAACUUACUGCCGGCGAUCCUGAGGUUACACUGGAAUGGGCUAGGGGUCGAGUAUUUAAGAAGGAAAUAGCGAAUCUGUUCUUGGGCUUGGUGAAGAAGCACAAAGACGCUUACGUUGAAAGUGUUACAACAAAGGAGCAAACUAAACCUCGACCACAAGCUUUAAACACCGUUGAACUGAUGAGAGCUGCUAGUUCUGGACUUGGUUUAGGUCCUCAUAAUGCCAUGCAAAUUGCCGAAAAACUGUACACCCAAGGCUACAUAAGCUAUCCACGUACGGAGACUACCAGCUACCCGAGUAAUUUUGAUCUGAUUUCGGUUGUGAAUGUUCUGAAACCAUCGUCUGAGUUUGGCGAAGCAGCCAGAUCUAUUUUGGAAAAUUUCAAUCAACCUCGCAAAGGAACUGAUUGUGGUGACCAUCCUCCCAUCACGCCUAUGAAGCUGGGCCAUCGAAACGAAUUCGAUCACGAUACAUGGCGCGUCUACGAUUACAUUUGUCGCCAUUUUCUGGCAACUAUUUCGCACGAUCUAAAGUACAAAUCCACUACGGCCAAGCUACAAGUUGGAAGUGAACAUUUUUCAUGCACAACAGCUGUGCUCGUCGAUCCGGGCUAUACGAAAGUAAUGACCUGGCAAGCAUUCGGCGCCGACGAGCUGAUACCACCCUUCAAACAAGGCGAGAGUGUCCACAUUAACGAUGUCAAAUUGGUUGAACGUCAAACUGGGCCACCUGACUAUUUGACCGAAUCGGAGUUGAUUACUCUGAUGGAGAAGCAUGGCAUUGGAACGGAUGCUUCGAUUCCGGUUCAUAUAAACAACAUUUGCCAAAGAAAUUACGUAACGAUUGCCACUGGUCGGAAGUUGAUCCCAACCACCUUGGGGAAAGUUUUGGUUCAUGGCUAUUUGAAAAUUGAUCCAGAGCUAGUUCUGCCAACGAUGCGGUCCGAUGUGGAACGUCUACUCAAUCUCAUUGCUCAGGGUUCGGCCGAAUUUAAUUCGGUUUUAAGGCAUGCCAUCGAAAUAUUUCGCAUGAAGUUUCAAUAUUUCGUUCAAAACAUUGCCCAAAUGGACAGUCUCUUCGAAGGAUCAUUCAAUUCGAUUUCCGAAUUGGGCAAAGCGUACUCCCGCUGUGGCAAAUGCCGUCGCUACAUGAAGUACAUUCAAACAAAACCCGCUCGACUUCACUGUUCCCAGUGCGAUGAAACCUAUUCUUUGCCGAAUAACGGCACCAUUCGCAGUUACAAGGAGCUGCGUUGUCCGUUAGACGAUUUCGAAUUGCUAGUCUUUUCGAGCGGUACAAAGGGACGUUCGUAUCCAUUGUGUCCGUAUUGUUACAACCAUGCUCCGUUCAAGGAUAUGCCGAAAAAUGGUGGCUGUAAUUCGUGCACACAUCCGACGUGUGCACAUUCACUGUAUUCGCUGGGCGUGUCUAGUUGCUCCGAAUGCGAGUACGGUACUCUGGUAUUAGAUACCACAGCCGCGCCGAAAAAAUGGAAACUUGGAUGCAACACAUGCGAUGUGAUAAUAAACUUUUUCAAAGGAGCGACCAAAGUGUCUGUUGACUCUAAGAGUAAGUGCGACGAGUGUGGUUCGCAACAAGUAACCGUUCUCUACAAGAAUGUUCAAUCAAGAUUCAAGGAUGGUGCCGACGAGAAGACCGGAUGCGUCUUCUGUAGUUCGGAUUUUAUUCCACUGGUUGAAAAGCAUCGUGCUAUUUCGAGCCGACCAGCGCAAGCACCCACACGUGGCCGUGGAAACCGAGGAGCUGCUAGCUCUAUGGUUCCAGGUCGUGGUGGUGGUCCGAUUGCAACUCGUGGCGGUGGAAACAGGCGUGGACCUCCGAAAGAUAAGAUGGACCAAUUGGCCGCCUAUUUCGUGUAAGCAUCACAUGAGGAAUUUUCCUUUCAAAUAAUUUCUUCGGAAUACUCAGGAUAAAGCGUGGAAUUUGAUUUAAGAUGUAAAAUCUCUCACAGUAUUUUGUACGACAUCAAUCGCCAUUUAAUUACAUGAACAAUGUACGUAGUACGUACGCAAAUCGCUUGGGU